AGAAGCAAUGGCGUCGUGAUCCGUGUGGGAACCGAGUGUGUCGCUGCCUGACAUCGGGUUGGGUUGCACCAGAUAUCGUCGCUGAGUCCCUUCGCCGAGCUUGAUCUUUGCCAUGUGAAGCCUGAUGUGUUUUUAAACGUGGUCAGCUAGCCGUCUAGCUGGCUCGGUGGCCGCAGUUAACGCGACACCAUAAAUGUCAGUCUGAUGCCCGGUACCUCAGGGAGCAAGGAUGCAGCAGAAACGCAACAUCCAGAUCAUCGAGUGGGAGGACUUGGACAAGAAGAAGUUCUACUCCUUCGGUGUGUUUAUGACCAUGACCAUCCGGGCCACCGUGUACCCGGCUACACUCAUCCGCACGCGGCUGCAAGUGCAGAAGGGGAAGUCCCUCUACAAUGGCACCUUUGACGCCUUUUUUAAGAUCCUACGCACAGAGGGCGUGCGCGGACUCUACCGUGGCUUCAUGGUCAACACCUUCACGCUGAUCUCAGGCCAGGCUUACAUCACCACCUACGAACUGGUUCGAAAGUACGUGUCCAGCUACUCCACCAAUAACACCCUCAAGUCAUUGGUGGCAGGUGGCUCUGCUUCCCUGGUGGCUCAGAGCAUCACAGUCCCCAUCGACGUGGUCUCCCAGCAGCUCAUGAUGCAAGGCCAAGGCGCACACCUCACUCGCUUCAGGGUCAAGCCCAAGAUGGCCAUGGCGGCCAGGAAGGACCGCGUUACCUUCGGGCAGACUAGGGACAUCAUCGUUCAGAUCUUCGCGGCUGAUGGCUUCCGGGGAUUUUACAGAGGCUACGUCGCAUCUCUCCUUACGUACAUCCCAAACAGCGCAGUCUGGUGGCCGUUCUACCACUUCUACGCAGAGCAGCUCUCCAAACUGGCACCCAGCGAAUGCCCCCACCUGGUGCUACAGGCCAUGGCUGGGCCUCUGGCGGCUGCUACUGCCUCCACAGUCACCAACCCCAUGGACGUGGUCAGGGCCAGAGUGCAGGUGGAGGGUCGCACCUCAGUCAUCGAGACCUUCAAGCAGCUACUAGCUGAAGAGGGUCUCCUGGGAAUGACCAAAGGCCUGUCGGCCCGGAUAAUUUCUUCGACGCCAACGGCCAUCGUCAUGGUGGUGGGUUACGAGACCUUGAAGAAAUUGAGUCUUCGGCCAGAACUGUUGGACUCAAGGCACUGGUAGAGAGAACUGCGACCCAAUGCUACGUCCUUGGCUCUACUCAACCUGUUGUCCUUUUAAAACUCGGUUGCCUUGUGACGUUUUAACGUGACACUGAGGUGGAGGGGGGUGUGUUUUAUCCUUGUUUGAGGGGGGAAUUUCUUCAAUCAUUUUCUGAAUUGUUUUAGCAAGAUUUCCUCUGAAGAUUUUUUUUUACGCAUUAGUAAAAUAAUUUGAUGUCAAUUUCAGUCACUAAUAGAAAUUCUUCAGCAGGUGUAUAUAUUAAUUAGUGGAAUUUAAAUCUAAAAAUAAGCACAGUAAUUGAUUAGUAGAUGUUCUGGCGAGCUGGUAUCCUUACAUAUGAAAAGGAGUUUCUUGGAUGGUUGAGAUCGCAGGUGACUUGGGGUUUUAAGGGAAGUUAGUAACUGAGAUACAGGACUUCUCUUCUGUCAUGGUUCCCAAAUCUGCUCUGCUAAAUGAAAUCUGAUUUGUAUCAAAUUGUUAGGAAUUUUAUUUUGAUGAAAUCUUGCCCUGUCUACAAGCCUUCGCCAUUGUGACACACAGCAGCAGUUUGGGAGAUGGGACACUGUUGCCAAAAGGUUGGCAUUCCUGGGGCUGGUGUGGAUCCAGCCUCUUGCUUUUUGCACAAGCAGUAUUUCAUAGGGCUUUCUUCUCAGUUAGGAGCGAGGAAAGGUGACACCCUCUAGUGGAGGCUGAGGGUGUGGCAUUUCUGAGACAUUACUCGGUUUUCUAAGCAUUGCAAUGGAGAAAAUGUUUUUUGUUUUGGCUGAAGGGAAAUUAUGCUUUCCUGGAAAAACUGCAAAUAAAUACACGUGCGAUGAAAUGGAUACAUAUAGCAGCGUUGGGUAUCUACUCCCCUCCCCAGCUCACUACCUGUACCUUUCGGGGCAUCACUCCAAGCAGCUGAACCCAGCCUAAUAGCAUUGCUCCAUAUGUUAACACUUCACUGGAUUUCCAGACCCAGUGUUAAUCCCACUGACAUGAAACAACCCCAAAAGAUUUAUUACAUGCCAGUGUCUUCCUCAGAUUUACUCCUGAAUGUAGCUGUAGCCCGUGGAAGUUAAACACUCAUAACUCUUCCCUGAGUCUGCUUGGUCCAAAUACCAAUUACCAAGGGACAACAUCUGUGUUUUGAUUCAGAAAGUGAGGUGUAAAGACUAUGUAACUACUAAAUAUUACACUUUCUAUAUUGUUGGGUGGUAGUUAUUCUUGCUGCAUCCCUGAAGGCCAGGUGUGAUGAAAGGCAGUCACUUAAGGAUCCACAGUGUCAAGUUAGGUGGGGUCCCUCUUAGUGUGAGAUUCGGUCUCUCAGUUUGCAGUACUGAAUAUAUCGUGGGAGUGUCCUCUGUUUGGCUGCUGCCUCCUGAUUGGGUGGCCUUCUGGCUCGCCCCCAAACAUCGACACACGACUCUGGCCCAGCACUCUACAUACUUAAACAUGUCCAUGUCAUGCCCACCCCCUCCAACUUUCCCCAGUGUACAGUACCCAUCACUGAUGUCACUGUGUGCUUCUGUCAGUAUUUGGCAAAAUGCUGGUUUAAUUUUUCCAUGUAGUGUCAGUAUUCACUCUGUAGAGGGCGCACAAUGUAAGGUACACUGUAAACCCCUUUAAAUUACUUCCUCCUCUGUUACUAACCAUCCACCACAAAUACUGCUGCCUCCCUCUGUUUCCGCUUCAUCUAGCCUACAUUCUGUAUGUACAAUUAAGUAUUUACAUUAUUUUGGUAAGUGUAGGUUACACUGACACUUUUUUCAUUUUAGGACAAUGAACCCUAUUUGUAUAAUAAGGUUACAUUUGUCGUGAAACUGUACACAAUUUUCCAAGAUGCAUUGUUACUUUAUUCUAAUAAAGGUGUAGAUAUUG